AUGGCGAAACGCCAGCAAGAUGAUGCAGUUUCAACGCCUUCAAAGCGACUGCGGCGGCCUACACCGAAGAAAGCCUACGUGGAGGACUCGGACCCCGACUCAAAUGAUCUGUCCACGGACGAAAAUGCCACGCCAUCAAAGCGAACAGUAGCCAGGAAGACCGGCGAUAGCGCAACUCCCCGACCGAACGGGACUACCUUGUUCGCCACUCCGUCAGGGGGAACAAUCCAGACACCCUCGAAAGCGAGACGUGCCGACCAGUCUGCUAAACGCAAGAGUGCCCGCGCUCUGGCCGACGUCCAGGAUGAGGAUGACUGGGAGGGGAAUAAUGCACUUGCGAGAGAGAUUCUGAAUGACGAGCGGGCAGAAGCAAGACAAUCAGUCGAAGCUGGGGAUACCACACCCGCUGCAACACCCUCCAAACGUGGUCGAGGACGACCUCCUGGAGCCAAGAACAAAAGAUCUCCCACUCCGGAAGGUGACAUAGCGCCGGAGGAGCGAUACUUCUUCCAAAAUCGAAUGGGCCCGCUGAGAAUAUCAAAUAAUGCCUUUUCAAAGGUCAAACCGCUGACUCAUGAAGAGUAUUUCGAGAACACGAGACAACUCGGGGAAAGUCAUAAAGUCGAGAAGGAGUUCCUCAUGAAAUUGCACGCCCGGGCAUUUACACAAUGGGAUCUGGAGCUAUCUGAGGGCUACAGUGUCUGCUUAUAUGGCUAUGGCAGCAAGGCUGUAUUGGUCAACAGGUUCGCGACUUGGCUCUAUAACCAUUCUAGUCCACGAGCACGAAUUGUUGUGGUCAACGGCUAUGCUCCAAAGCUCAAUAUCAGGACCAUUCUGAACACCAUCGGCUCAGCAAUAGUGGGCAAUGAAAAAGAUCUGAAGCUCACAGGCCAACCGCAGGAUAUGCUGGAGACGCUAUUCGAGCGCCUCGAAGAAGCCGCCCCUGAGGGACCACUUUACGUCCUGGUAAAUUCUAUCGACUCACCCUCGCUUCGCAAGUCAAGCACUCAGGCCGUUCUGGCACGGCUGGCAAGUCAUCGCCUAGUCCGCCUGGUCGGAACAGCCGAUUCGCCCACUCUACCUUUGCUCUGGAAUUCAACGUUACUGGACAAAUACAACUUCGUUUUUCACGACUGCACGACUUUUGCGCCCUACAAGGUGGAGCUUAGCGUCGUUGACGAUGUCAACGAACUUCUUGGCCGCAAAGGCCGGCGAGCAGGUGGCCAGGAAGGUAUCAAAUACGUGCUGCAAUCUUUGCCUCCCAAUGCUCAGAAGCUCUAUCAUAUUCUCAUCAGCGAAAUUCUGUCUAUACUUGCCGGAGACUUUGAUGCCGAGGAAGAGGACGACGUUGGUGGGUCCCGAGGCAAGCCUAUGCAGGAUCUGGCCGAAGAGACUGGCGUUGAGUAUAGGCUACUGUACGACAAGGCCUGUGACGCUUUCAUCUGUACGAGUGAAAUGAACUUCAGGUUCUUGCUGAAAGAGUUCCACGACCACCAGAUGAUCACGAGCAAAAGAGACGCGGCGGGAACCGAAAUGAUGUGUGUGCCCUUGGGUAGGGAAGAAAUGCAGGGGUUGUUGCAAGAUCUGGUUUCUCUAGACUAG